AUGGCUAGUUUAGAAGAUUUGAUUCCAACGGUUAAUAAGCUACAAGAUGUUACUUAUGAUGCGGGUAUUGAUGCUUUGGAUUUGCCAGUUUUAGCAGUCAUCGGUUCUCAAUCAUCGGGGAAAUCGUCUAUUUUAGAGACUUUGGUUGGUAAGGAUUUUUUGCCUAGAGGUACUGGUAUUGUAACCAGAAGACCGCUUGUUCUUCAGUUGAACAAUAUUUCAGCAGAUUCACCUUUAAUUUAUGAUUAUAACGAACCUUCUAGUGGAUCUCAGGGAUUAGGAGAAAUUGAGAAUGCAAAUGAGGCGGGAUAUGGUGAGGCACGAGAGCCAACUUUGGAAGAUCAUUUGAAGCGGAAUAGUAAGAUGUAUAAGGGUGGUAAUGUUAAGAAUCAGUGGGGGGAAUUUUUGCAUGCUCCCGGGCGUAGGUUUUAUGACUUUGAUGAUAUUAGACGUGAGAUUGAGAAUGAGACGGCAAGGAUUGCAGGAAAGAAUAAAGGUAUUAGUAGAAUUCCUAUCAAUUUGAAAAUAUAUUCGCCUCAUGUGUUGAGCUUGACGCUAAUUGAUUUGCCAGGUAUUACAAAAGUUCCUAUUGGUGAGCAACCUGCGGAUAUUGAAAAACAGAUUAGAAAUUUAAUUCUCGAGUAUGUUGCUAAGCCGAACUGUAUUAUUUUGGCUGUUUCGCCUGCUAAUGUGGAUCUAGUUAAUUCGGAAUCAUUGAAAUUAGCUCGGGAGGUUGACACUCAUGGUAGAAGGACUAUUGGUGUUGUGACUAAGUUAGAUUUGAUGGAUUCUGGUACUAAUGCUCUAGAUAUUUUGGCUGGCAAAGUCUAUCCAUUGAAGAUGGGUUUUGUUGGCGUGGUGAAUCGUUCCCAACAGGAUAUUCAAGACCAGAAGACUGUUGAAGAUGCCUUGGUUCAUGAGGAAGAGUUUUUCAAUAAGCACCCUGCAUAUAGGAGUAUUGCUUCACGUUGUGGUACUCGGUUUUUGGCUAAGAAAUUGAAUCAAGUUCUCUUAAACCAUAUAAGAGAAAAAUUACCGGAUACUAAAGCUAGAUUAAAUACCUUGAUUGGUCAAGCAGAACAAGAACUAGCCUCUUAUGGCGGUUUCAAUAAUAGCACUAAAGAAAAUAGGGCUGGACUGAUUCUACAGUUGAUGAAUAAAUUUGCUACAAAUUUUGUAUCAUCAAUCGAAGGAACAUCAUCCGAUAUUAAUACCAAGGAACUUUGUGGUGGGGCAAGAAUUUACUAUAUCUAUAACAACAUCUUUGGUAACUCAUUGAAAUCCAUAAACCCUACAUCUACAUUAACUGUGACAGAUAUCAGAACAGCUAUUAGAAAUUCUACAGGCCCAAGACCCUCUCUGUUUGUUCCAGAGCUUGCUUUCGACUUACUGGUGAAACCACAAAUUAAACUCUUGUUGGAUCCAUCUCAACGUUGUGUCGAACUCGUUUAUGAAGAAUUGAUGAAAAUUUGUCAUAACUGUGGUACGCCAGCGUUAGCAAGAUAUCCAAGGUUACAAUCUAAACUAAUCGAAGUCGUUAGUGAUCUACUUAGGGAAAGACUUGGUCCUACCAGGUCAUAUGUGGAAAGUUUAAUUGAUAUCCAUAGAGCCUUUAUAAACACGAACCAUCCAAAUUUUUUAAGUGCUACAGAGGCUAUGGCUUCUAUAGUUGAAGGACGCAAACAAAAGAUUCAAAAUGCUAAAAAAGCUGAAGAAUUGAAGAAGAAGCGUCAAGAAGAAUUAGACAGAGCAGCUGGGAUGAAUGAAAAUAAUAGCAGCAUAUCCCCAAGAAUUGAUUCGGACUCUACGGUCACCACCAGCGAUAGCGAAAAUGAGGAUGAAAAGGACCCAAAGCAAUCUAAGGAUUCUUUCCUGAACUACUUCUUUGGAAAAGACCAACAGCAAACUAAGGGGGAACAAUUACCAUCUUUAAAUGGGAAAAAGUCAACACCUAAUGUCGAACACAUGUUUCAACACAAUCCUGAUUUCUUAGCAAUCGAAACGCUGCAAAUACAAGAAGAGACUGAAUCUAUUGAAGAUGAACAUCCAGAAUUGACUGAGAGAGAGGAACUAGAAUGUGAGUUGAUAAGAAGACUAAUUGUUUCUUAUUUUGGAAUUGUUAGGGAAAUGAUACAAGACCAAAUUCCAAAGGCUGUUAUGUGUCUUUUGGUUAAUUUCUGUAAAGAAGAAGUGCAAAAUAGGUUGGUUUCAAAAUUGUACAAAGAAUCACUUUUCGAUGACUUAUUAAUGGAGGACCAUACUGUGGCUCAAGAUAGAGCCAAAUGUCUAAAACUGCUAGAGACUUAUAAACAGGCGUCCGUUAUAAUUGGUGAUAUCUUAUAA